AUGUCCUUGCUGGACGCCGCCGACUUCCUCAAGGGUCCCGAGUCGCUCGAGACUUCGGACAACGAGUCCUUUGAUGUCAUGGAUCCGGGCUCGGGAAUGCCGAUCUGCAGCAUGAGGGCAUCCAAUCUCAAGGACGUGGACCGUGCGAUUCAGGCAGCCAGCGAUGCCUUCGCCUCGUAUUCGGCACUUCCAGCCAGAGAGCGGGCCACGCUGCUGCUCAACUUUGAUCGGCUCGUCCGAGACAACCUCGAGGAUCUCGCAUGGAUCCUCGUCUACGAGACGGGAAAGCCGCUCGAGGAGGCGCGCGCCGAAGUGCAAUAUGCGCUCACCUUCAGCUGGUGGUUCGUCGGAGAGACCGAGCGCGUGCAGGGUCAGGUGGUCAAGAGCGCCACCAACCCUUCGCUCCGCUUCCUCACCGUGCUUCAGCCCGUCGGACCGGUCGCCAUCCUCACGCCGUGGAACUUUCCUGUGGCGCUCUUCAUCCGCAAGGCCGUCAGCGCGCUCGCUGCAGGCUGCACCAUCGUCGCAAAGCCUUCGCCAGAGACGCCGCUCUCUACACUCGCCGUUGCCAACCUUCUGCACCGCGCCGGCUUUCCCUCGGGCUCGGUCAACAUCGUCCUGGCAUCCUACCGCAACACGCCUGCCAUAGGACAGGCGCUGUGCACCGACCCUCGCAUCAAGAAGCUCUCCUUCACCGGAAGCACCCGCGUCGGCCGUCUGCUCAUGCAGCAGUGCGCACCCUCGCUCAAGAAGCUGACGCUCGAGCUCGGCGGCCUAGGCGCCUACCUCGUGUUUGAAGACGCCGAUGUGGAUGCUGCCGCUGCUGCCCUCGUAGCCAACAAGCUGAGGCACGCCGGUCAGACAUGCAUCUCGGCGCAGCGUGCCUUCGUGCACGAGUCGGUCGUGGACCGCGUGCUCAAGUGCAUCGCCCAAAAGCUUGACCAGGUCCAGCUCGGCCACGGCUCCCAAAGCACCACCACCCUCGGCCCGCUCCAGACCGAACGCAGCCAGCAAAAGGCACGCGAACACAUCCAAGACGCCAGAGCCAAAGGCGCGACCAUCUACACAUCGACCGCCGCCGUCCCCAGCGCAGGCUAUUUCGUAGCGCCUACCCUCAUUGCCGGAUGCACAAAGGACAUGCUCGUCUUCCAGGAAGAGUCGUUCGGACCUUUGAUCAACGUCGCCACCUUCCGAACCGAACAAGAAGCUAUCGAGCUUGCCAACGACACCGACAUGGGACUCACCUCGUACGUCUUUACCAAGGAUUCCGCGCGACUGUGGCGCAUGUUUGAACAGCUCAAGGCGGGCAACGUCGGCCUCAACGUUGGUGGUAGCACCACCGCCGCCGAGAUCCCCUUUGGCGGCGUCGACCAGUCGGGAUUCGGUAAGGAGGCCGGUAUUGGUGCGGGUCUCAAAGAGUACAUGAUCGAAAAAUCAGCAACCAUGUCGAUAGCCUAG